AUGGCCUUGCUCCAGAAGUACGGCAUUAUGCCUGGGUAUAUUGCCAAUUACCACGCUCAAGCCAAUCCAGUAGAACGCGUACACUAUGUCAUCAAAACUAUUUUAACUUCUUACGUUGCGGACAAUCAUCGGUCAUGGAAUAAAUACCUCGCUCACGUAGGCUGUGCUAUAAGAUCCUCACGUCAUGAAACUACCAAAUUGACCCCUAAUUUCGUAAUGUUUGGUAUAGAAAUUCAGCUAUCCGGUGCUGACCACCAUCCUCUAACUAAUCUAACUGAAGAACUGGACACCUCAGAGUAUGAUGUGCAACUCAGUUCGGAAGCCCUUAAAGUUUUCAAAGAUGUUUCCAAGAGGCUCAAAGAAGCCUAUGAGCGCUCCGUUGAGUCCUCUACAAUCGAGGCAACCUCCCUCGGCCAAACCUCUUUCGGGGUCCCUCGUCGAGGCAGUCCUACCUCGCCAUUCAGCGACAGACUACGGACACUCCGUAGCUCGAUUGCAUAUGACAAGGUUACCAACCAACACCAUCCGGUGGUGUCCGAGAUUGGCAAACCGCAACAUAGCGUUCAACGUGAGAGUAGAACUCCAUGGAUGACACCUUCUGCCAUCAAUGUCCCACGUUCCGACGCCGUGGAGCAGGAAUCCUGUCGAGGAGAGAUUAGUAUACGGCAUGGCGCCCAACGUGGGGCUCGAACUCUAAGCGAGGCACAUUCCGGUGUCAUAGAGCAUGAAGCCGCCGACAGCGACCAACGUGGUCUCAACGGAGCCGAUGCCAUCGGACAGAGUCUUCGUCGGAGGUGGUCAGCCUCGGACGGUAUCUAUCGUCCACAAAGACUGGAUCACUCCAAGAAAAACGGAGGUAUAUUGGCCACCUAUAAGCAGCAAAGCCAAUUUAACAAAGCCAUUAAAAAGGGGGAAAAAGUUGAUCCUGAAACGUGGAAAUUGUAUAAUGUGGCACGGUGUUUUUAUUCCAGCGAUGAUUUUGAAAAAAUUUGUGGCAAAUUAAAGGAGUGUGAAAUCACCUCAGAUAUUCAGAGUGAUGUAGAUGAUAACGCAACCUCAGUACGAGUUAGAAACCGUAUUCCCAAUAGAAAAUACAUUGAAGUUGCUUCUGACGAAGACGAUAAUAUUAGUGAAAGUCAACUCAUACGUCCUCCAAGAAUUGCAAGAAAGCUAGAUAACCCCAGUCCGUGCACAUCUAGGUCUUCAUCUUCUAUUUUGACGUCCCAAACAAUUAAGGAAAAUUUAUGUCCGGGUAACAAAAAUAUAUUAUUUCAUAGAACAGGAGAUACUACUUUAUCAACCGAUAAGGAAAAUAUAGAAAAAUUGAUUCAGUUGCAAGAAAGAAAUAUUGAGUUGUUGAUGCAUAUUAAAGAACAAAAUAAACAGAUAUUAGCAACAAUUUCAAAGCAGGAAAAGACAAGGGAAAAGUCAAGUUUACCGGAUCUACCAGUUAAAUUUCCUGUAGAUACAAAUAAUAAUUUGAAAAUUUUGGAUGAGAUACUUAGAGAAAAUACUGAAAUUGCUGAUUGCUUGUGUUCCUAUUUAUCAAGUCUUGGAGGAAAAGAUGCUACUAAUAGAACAAACAGAAUCCUCAAGUACAUUUUAAGUGACGAAGUUGCAAAAAAUUACAAUUUUUAUGGGAAAAGGACAGAGAAGGAAGCUUUUUGUCACUUAACUUUAUGCAGCAUUAUUGUUCAAUCUGUUAAAAUAUCACAUUCAGGGACCUCGGAUAAAGAUGUCGAAGACAUAAUAAAAGUUUGGUUGAAACAUGCUCCAGAACGAAUCAGAAAUUGUGAAAGGCGGCUAAAUAAACAUGCAUCGCAAACCUAAAGAAAUUGUUGGAAAACGACAGUUUUAUAGAAGAGUUUCUGCUAGUGUUCAUAAUGCAUUACAGAAUACUACUCAAAAAAAAAAUAAUUUCCUCGGAUUUAAUAACAAUGUUCUUGAUAGGUCCUCUACAAUUAUUUUUAAUAACACUUCAUGUGAAAGUAAUGGUUCCAGUUGUGUUAACCCAUCUGUUGAAAAUGCAAUCUUCAAUUUAAAUGAAAUUAAUUAUGAUUUGGAUGUCAAUGACCAUAAUUAUAAAAUAAUGCACAAUAACGUAUUCAGAAAUACUGAUAAUCCAGUAAUGGAAUCAAUUAGAACUGUACAAAAUUUUAACACAACUGAAAAUCUACUGAAAAGUAAUUUUGUAAAUAUAAAUGAAGAGCUCAGAUCUUGGACUAUUAAGUACAAAAUAAGUCAUACAGCAUUGACCGAUCUUUUAUAUAGACUUUCUGUAAUACAUCCAGAGUUGCCUUUGGAUUCCAGAACAUUAAUGAAUACUCCACGAAAAACAAUUGUAAAUCAAAUUAAUACAGGACAAUAUUGCUAUUUCGGUAUAGCAAAUGGUUUAAAUAAAAUCUUAAAAGUAAUGCCAUCAAAAAAUGUGUUUUUAGAAAAUGUUAAAAUUAGUCUUAGUUUUAAUAUAGAUGGACUUCCCCUAUUCCAUAGCUCUAAUAUUCAGUUCUGGCCCAUUUUAGGUUUAGUAAAAAAUUUCAAAAAUACUCCUUUUGUAAUUUCAUUGUUUUGUGGUAAAUCUAAACCGCAUCCACUUGAUAAUUUUUUGGGAGAUUUUGUAUCUGAAUUAAACCUUUUAAUGAAAGAAGGUUUAAAAUUCGCUAAUAGAAUUUACCAUAUAGAUAUUCACAGUAUUGUUUGUGAUGCCCCUGCAAAGGCUUUCAUUAAAUGUAUUAAAUCACAUGGUGGUUAUUCUAGUUGUGACAAAUGUACUGAACCGGGAGAAUAUUAUAAUGGUAGAGUUAUAUUAAAAAACACAACAGCCCCUAAACGAACAGAUAAAUCAUUUAUACUUCAGUUAGAUGAAGAGCAUCAUCUUGGUGUUUCACCAUUAACUAAAUUAAAUGUGGGAUUAGUAACUACUGUCCCUAUUGAUUAUAUGCAUGCGUGUUGUUUGGGAGUGUGCCGAAAAUUAUUAAACUUCUGGAUAGGAGGAAAUUUAAAAACACGUUUACCAAAUCGUAUAGUAAAAAUAAUAUCUGAACGUUUAAUAUCAUUAAAAUCUCGCAUUCCAUCUGAAUUCAACAGAAAGCCACGAUCAUUGGAUGAAUUGCCAAGAUGGAAAGCAACUGAGCUUAGAAAUUUUUUAUUGUAUUUUGGACCAAUUGUAUUGAAAGGUUUGGUCGAUCUAGCUGUAUAUGAACAUUUCCUCCUGUUCCAUUCUGCAAUAACAAUUCUGAUCUCUGAUAAACAUAUUUCAAAAUUUGGUUGUGAGUACCCCAAUGAACUGUUACGUAUUUUUAUAGUUCAUUCUGAAAAAUUGUAUGGAAAGCAGUUUCUAAUAUAUAAUGUUCAUAUAUUGUGUCACCUAGCUGAAGACGUUAAAAAAUAUGGGCCAUUAGAUACAUUUUCUGCUUUUCCUUUUGAAAAUUUCCUAGGAUUUUUAAAAAAACUAAUAAAAUCACCGACGCAACCUUUACAACAAAUUCAUCGUAGACUAGAGGAAGGAGAUAAUUUUAUUAAAAAGAAUUUUGAAGAGCCACAGUUGACGCAUCUCUUACAACAUAAUUCUGGUCCAACUCUAAUUUAUACUUCUAGCAAACAAUUCAAAAAAGUGAAAUGUAUAGACUUCAGCAUGUGUACCAAAUUUCAGUCUAAUGCUGAUUCUUAUUGUUUGAUAAAAGGUGGCAUUAUUUUUGAGAUCCAUAAUAUUAUUUUAUAUGAAGAAAAUACAUUUUUGAUAGGCAAACAGUUUGUAGAAAAACUUCCCUUCUAUAACUAUCCACUUAGUUCAACUGAAUUAGGCAUUUUUAUUGUAAAUAAUUUGUCAGAACAAUAUUUUUCAUGCUCAAUUAAAGAUGUAGUUUGUAAGUGCUUAAUACUUCCUCUUAAUGAUAAUCUCAUAUGUUUUCCAAUAAUUCAUACUUUACAGAAAAUAUGUAAGUAACCUGAAAAGGUUUAAUUAGUACAUAUUUAUAUGUAGAGAUUUAUUUCUAUAGUACAUAUACUUUGUUUUAAUGUAGUUUAGUUUUAAAUUCAGCAUUAUUGUCAAUAUUUUCUUAAAAUUUACAUUCACCAAUAUUAUUGAUAAUAUUUAUUUGCUAUAUUCACGGUUAACAUUAAUGUUAAGUUGAAAUUAAAAGUUACGUUGUAUAUGUAUAGGGUGUCCAGGUUUUACUGGGGAUUUAAUAGGCGAUAAAACUCAUAAAAUUCAUAUAAAUUAUUUGUUUUUAAAGCUAUGUUUUUGAGGUAUAGGGUGUUACAGUUACAAAAAACUUAUAUUCAAAUAUCUGAAAAACUACUUGACUGAUAAAAUUUUGCACCUUUUUAGUAAUAAGUAAGUAAUUCGCUGCAAUUAGAUUUAAUUUAAUUUUUCCAGGGGCAGUGUUAGAGCAUUCUAACUAGAUAUUUUAAAGACAAAUUUGGGCACGCCAGUGCUUUUUGUGUAUGAUUAAAUUAUAUUUAGAUGGAGUAAUUAAAAAUAUUUUUUUGUCUUGCAUGUUUUGUUUAUCUUGCUUACAUUUCGAGAAAAAUAAAUAAAUGUGUUUAUUAUAUUCAUUUUUCUAGGAGCUGACGGAUAAACGAAUCUUACUUAAAAAAAAAAAAUAAGUAAAAUAGACGAAUGAAUUGUAUAUUUAAUUAUUCGAUCCUAGAAAUAAUACCAAACUUAUAAUAAAAUAGUGGAGUGCUCAAAUUUUUAUUAAUUGUAAUAUAAUAGUUAAGAUGCCCCAGCGCCGCCCCUAGAAUAAUUAAAUUAAAUCUUAGUACAUCAAAUUAAGUCCCUAUUACUAUUAACACGUGCCCAAGUUUUAUCAAGAUAAUCGGCCAAGUAGUUUUUGACAUAUUUGAAAGAAAUAUUAUUUUUUAUUAACUAUAACAACCUGUAUCUCCAAAAUAAAGUUUUAAAAAAUAUAUGUUCUCCUAUUUUUCUAUUCUAUUUUUGCAUCAUCUAUUAAAUUUUCCCGAUUAAAAGUGGAGACCCUGUCAGUUAGAAUGUUAGCUUUAAAAAAAAAUUAAAGUUUUUUUUCAA